GAAUUGUCCUAACGAUUGAGCCGCACAAGAUACAGUACACGGGCAAUGAUGACGUCACGAUCCGCUGUGAACUUGGAGAAUCGGACUUAGCAACAAUUGGAUGGAUGCAAAUAUCAAAACAGAAUCUUUUAAUGAACAAGACACCGUUCCUGGUUCUGCGAAUAAGUGAUGGCACGGGACCAGAAUGGGGAUCCGAAAUUGAUGAUGCGAAAAUGGACGAAAAGACCACUGUGAGAUAUUCGCUGGAACCAUUGGAUGAAACUUAUUUAGAAGUUACGCUGGAUCAGAUUGAAUGUGGAGAUGAUGGUGUAUAUUCCUGUGAAGUUUUCGGAUUGAAUCAGAACGAGGAAACGGUAAAGGAAACAAUUCGGGAAGAGCUAAUUGUUUACUCCUUUGGACAGAGACCAGUCAUAACUUAUUUCUCCGCAACAAUCCCAGAAAAGAAGUUAACGGUAACCCGUGGUAGUGAGGUAACACUUCUUUGUAAUGGCAUGGUCGGUAAACCACAUUUGCCUAUUACAUGGUACCAGUUCAUCGACAAAGCUGGCGCUUUUGUGAGCUUAAAGGAGCAUGUUAGUGAAG